AUGAAGACUUUGACGCUUCUGCUGAUCCUGGUCGCUGCGACGACCUGUCACGAGCCCUUUCAGGUGAUCUUUCAAUGGAACACCACAGACGUGAUCUGGCCAACGGAAGAGGAACAACAAUUCGCUAUCGAGCAUGACGAUUACAUUCCAGCCAACAACUACAUAUCUGGUAUCAAGUUCUGGAAGGGUAAAAUGUACCUGACGAUACCCAGAUGGAAGGGAGGUGUACCUGUGACUCUAGGUGUUACCUCGGCGACACCGGUGAACCGAAACACAGCUCCCAAGUUGGAAGCUUUUCCUAAUUGGGAGAUGCAGAAAGUAGGAGACUGCACUGCCUUCCAGUUUGUCCAGAGCAUGGAGAUCGACCCUCUGGGACGCAUGUGGGUUCUCGACUCUGGAAAGAUAUCACCUUUGUCAGUCGAGACGAAAAGCAACUGUCCACCGAGGCUGGUGAUCCUCGAUCUAGAAAAGGACGGUCAAGUCCUCCGAACGUACGUGUUCCCUACGCACGUGGCUCGCCAUGGUACCGCUUACCUAAACGACAUCGUUCUGGACCACGAGGACGGUGGUAUGGCGUACAUAACCGACAGUGAUCGCGAGGAUCCAGGCAUCAUCGCUUACUCCUUAAGGAACAACACCUCCUGGAAGGUCAGACACGAUUCGAUGAAGGCUAAGCCGGAGGCUGUUAGAUUCAUGAUCUCCAAGACACCGAUCAAUUUAGCGAUACCCGUGGAUGGAAUCGCUCUCUCUCCCGCAAGCGACGCUGACAGACAGGUGUAUUAUUCACCGCUCUCUUCCUUCCACUUGUAUUCCAUACCAACGUCGGUUCUUAAGGCUAACAUAAGCAACGUGGACGGCGACGUGAGGGAGCUGGGAAGGAAGAACUCUCAAACGGACGGUAUGAUGAUGUCAGCGAAAGGAGUGCUGUACUUUGGUCUAUUAGCUGACGAUGCAGUGGCCAUGUGGGACACGAAACAGUCUAACUCGUUCACCACCGGACAGAGAGUGAUCUCCAGGGAUCACGAGAGAAUGCAGUGGCCUGAUACGUUCGCUUUCGACGAGGAUGGUAACUUUUACUGUGUUACCAAUUCGUUUCAAAACGUUCUGAACGAUCGAGUGAACGUAAACGUGCCCAACUAUCGGGUGGUCAGAGCGAGAACCGGGGUGAAGAGUUAUCAGUAUUUGGAGGACGGAAGCGCACCGGAGCAGCCGGAGAUACCCACUUCAAUAGCUAACAGGAUUAGCCUCGCUGUGGCUACCGGAUUAACCAUUCUGUUGGCUUACGCCGUACAGUAA